CGCGCCUCUGUUUUCCCCCUCCCCGCCUCCCAGCCGCGACGCUCUGGGGCUCCGCCGCCGACAUGGGCGCCGCCGCGUGGGCACCGCCACACCUGCUGCUGCGGGUGUCUCUCCUGCUUCUGCUACUGCUGCCGCUCCGGGGGCGGUUGGCGGGCUCCUGGGACCUGGCCGGUUACCUGCUCUACUGUCCCUGCAUGGGGCGCUUUGGGAACCAGGCCGAUCACUUCUUGGGCUCUCUGGCUUUUGCAAAGCUGCUGAACCGCACCUUGGCUGUACCUCCAUGGAUUGAGUACCAGCAUCACAAACCUCCUUUCACUAAUCUCCAUGUGUCCUACCAGAAGUAUUUCAAGCUGGAGCCCCUACAAGCCUACCAUCGUGUUAUUAGCCUGGAGGAGUUCAUGGAAAAGCUGGCACCUAUCCACUGGCCCCCUGAGAAGAGGGUAGCAUACUGCUUUGAGGUGGCAGCCCAGCGAAGUCCUGAUAAGAAGACAUGUCCCAUGAAGGAAGGAAAUCCCUUUGGGCCAUUCUGGGACCAGUUUCAUGUGAGUUUCAAUAAGUCGGAGCUGUUCACAGGCAUUUCCUUCAGUGCCUCCUACAAAGAACAAUGGAUCCAGAGAUUUCCUCCAGAGGAACAUCCGGUGCUUGCACUGCCAGGGGCCCCAGCCCAGUUCCCUGUCCUAGAGGAACACAGGGCACUACAGAAGUACAUGGUGUGGUCAGAUGAGAUGGUGAAGACCGGAGAGGCCCAGAUCAGCACCCACCUCAUCCGGCCCUAUGUGGGCAUUCAUCUGCGCAUUGGCUCCGACUGGAAGAAUGCCUGUGCCAUGCUGAAGGACGGAACUGCAGGGUCACACUUCAUGGCUUCCCCUCAGUGUGUGGGCUACAGCCGAAGCACAGCGACCCCCCUCACCAUGACCAUGUGCCUCCCUGACCUUAAUGAAAUCCAGCGGGCUGUGAAGCUGUGGGUGAGGGCACUGAAUGCCAGGUCAAUCUACAUUGCUACAGACUCUGAGAGCUAUGUGCCAGAGAUCCAGCAGCUCUUCAAAGAGAAGGUGAAGGUGGUGAGCCUGAAACCUGAGGUGGCCCAGGUCGACCUGUACAUCCUUGGCCAGGCUGACCACUUCAUUGGCAACUGCGUCUCCUCAUUCACUGCCUUCGUGAAGCGGGAGCGGGACCUCCAUGGGAGGCAGUCUUCCUUCUUUGGCAUGGAUAGACCCUCUCAGCCACGGGAUGAAUUUUGAUCACACCUGGAGCCCCCAGCCAGGCAUGGCAGCUAAGGGUGCUCCUGGGACUGCAAGCUCCUCUUGUCUCCUGCCAAAGAUGGAGGACAGUCCCAGGGACUUCCUAGAAGAAGAAGGUAGACAUGCCAUCCCAGGCACAGGCUUCCAUGUCCCAUGUGCUUCCAGAGAACACACACAUACAGAGCAGCCCACCUCUGGCCUGCGGCUUGCCCUGCUCUGAGCAGCCUGCAGUGCUGAACUCUCUCUCUCUCUCUCUCAAGCAGUUACUUUAUAAAGAGGAAGAUUUUUUUUAUAGGGUUUCUCGGCUUGGGAGUUAGGGAGGGAAGAAGCAGUGAGGUUAAGAUGAUCUCAUAGCCGAGGCUGGCCUUGAACUCCUGGUCCUCCUGCUUCUACCUCCUUCAGUGCUGAGAUUAUAGGUGUGUGCCAGGACACUCAACUGAUCUCUAUAGUUUUGAUGCAAAGCCAUGACUACUUGAAAACUCCCCCUUGUUUUUAAAAAUCAGUGGAAUCCCUUAGCACAGAUACCUAAAGUGACCUUAUAAAUACAGACAAAGCCAAGGAGAAGGUGGGCCUUGGCCGCUUUUCAGGGACUCAUCCCCACUGCCAGGCUCAUCCCUGGGCUCCUCUGUGAUGAACACUACAGGCUGGAGUUAUCAGUCAUGUUGUGUUGUGCUCUGCCACAGGCUAGUGCUCGCACAGCGGGUGACGGUCUUAGGACACCAGCACCAUAACUGGGCUGGUCAGGCUGUCUGGGCAAGCAGGGUGCUCUGAAGACUGUUGUCUGUAAGGUCCUUCUCGAAGCCUAUGCCUGUAGUUAUUCCCCAAGGUCUGCUUGCCAAGCCUCCAUUAGUGCAUAGAAGUUGGGAAGCCCCAGCUUGGAAACAGCCUUUGCCCUUCCAGCCAGUGCACUGCCUGUCAGUGUGGUGAAGUGCUUCUGAGGCUGCAGUUCUCAUUACCCAGAGCCUGAGAGCCUUGAUUGGGUGGAUCUAAAUCUUGCCUUGCACAUGGACCUUGAGAGGCUGGUGCCUUGGUGGGUGGCUGUGCAGACCAUCCUAGUGGCACAGUGUUCCUGGGAGUGGGUACUGGGACUCUUGCCUGUGGCAAGCACUGUACUCUUUGUCCCAGUUUCUCCCCUGUCAGUGUUAUCUGACAGGUGGUAAGUUUCAAGUCAGCUAGUGCACGUUAUAAACAUGAAAGAGACCAAGUCCCCUAUGUGGCCGUUGUGGGCCACCAUGCUGCUGCUGCAUACCUGCUGUUGGCUUCUGCUGCCACCUCUAGGAGGAAGAGACAAACAGGAAGCCCUCUAGUAGCUUCCAGCCUCUGGAUAGAUCCCUGAUUUCAUUCAGGAAGUUUACUGAUCACCUACUGUGUGCAAGGAAGGGAGGAUGCGGCAGAGAAAGUUCAAAGGAUCGGGAUUGCUCAGAAAGGAAGGAGGCAAAGCAUUUGUACUGUGGAAGGGAAGUGCUGUGAAGAAAAGCCGAGGGUGCGUGACAAGGAAGCCAUUUUAAUAAAAGGAGAACAUUCUCAGCCAAGGAGGCCGCACACUCCCAGCAGCAAGUAUGGCACCUGCCAAGACCCAGAGGCUGGAGAGGGCUGUAGCAAGGGAUCGAUCAUCGAGACUGCAGGAACAGCUGUGGACAGGCAGAAAGGUGGCAUCCCAGAGACUUGACUUUGUGUGGGACCACAGGGCCUCCUCAUGGGUUUUGGACAGAAGAGGAAGAUCUGGCUGUGUUUAUGAGGAGAUGGGUGAGAGGAGGGGUUAAAGCAGAGACUGGUACUGGCUUGGGUGAGCAGCCAGCCCAUUGUGCUUGAGGUGGGAGGAGAAACCGCAUUCUGAGUAUAUCAAGUUGUUUUGGUAAUUCAAUUUUUUUAAAGACACCAGUCUACAUUACAGUGUAGUAUAUACUGUUUAAUGUCUUGGGUUUUUACUUAAUCAUACAUCAUGUUUUCACUAUUCACACAUAUCUGAAUAAACGCUUUUAAUCAUGUAAACUUCCA